UUGAGUUUGUUCUUCUGCCUCCUUGGGAUUUAUCCCUUCAAUCUUACAGAGUAGAUCCUGUAGAUUGAUCCUGGUCACCCAUUUGUAGUGUAAAUCACUACAAUUGGUAUGAGAGACGGUCUUUCCUUGGAUUGAUCAUGGAUGAUGGUAACAGAUUUAAGGCUUUAGCUGAGCAUUUAGCUACUUUUCUUCAAGUUCAAGAAGUAAUUGCAAGGGAUCUAAGAAAUACACCAUCUCAUGUGUUUCUCGCCAGAUGCAAGAAAAUUUUAGUAGAAGAAACAAAGAACCCGUUGUUGCUCGAGCGUGAGAUACAUUUGAGUCGAUAUGUUAACGAGAAUUGGGAAUCAAAUUCGUCAGAAUUUUUUGACGAGAACUUCGAAUUAUUUGGAUCUGUGUUGAAGAAAGUGACGCUGAUUGAGAAAAAAAUUGAUGAAAACCUUGAAGGAGCUCCAAUUGAUUCAAAUUCAGAAGGAAAUGUCGUUCACAAUUCUUUUGAUGAAGAUUUUAUGGUGGAUUUUCGAAGUAAAAGAGCCGCAACUCAUGAGUUAUUAGAAGGUAUUAUUAUCAUGUUCGAAGUAAUUCUGAAUUCAAUGGGAAAUACGUUUAUAUGCUAGUUCUUCAACAAGGUUGGAAUCCCAGUGAUAACAGUGAUUAUUCUCUCGCGCAACUUAAAAUGGAUAAGGUGAAUUACGAAUUACUCGAUGAUGAAUGUUUAUUCCUUAUCUUUGAUUCUUCUCGUAGGGUAAUUGAUCGUGGAAAAGGAUUCCAACUGAUUAUGGGGUAUUUUUAUUAUGCCAGUUAUUAUGAAUGUUGUUUUGGUACCAUUACUUCUGGUCUGAUUGUUCAUAUUGAGUCAAUUUUCAUGGAUAACUGCAAUGCAAAUGUUGUUUAUAAACUGAUUAUAGAAUUCGGGUAUGAGUUAGAACCGUUGAUUUCGAACAAAUGAGCUUAUGUGUGUUGUUUCACUUAGUUCUGAUUAUGGUCGUAUGUUUUUUGAUCGUGGAAGAGAGUUUGAACUUAAUAAAGGAUUUACUUACAUUGUCAAGGAAUUUUAUAAAUUUUGUUUCCACAUGAAUACUUCUUGUACAUUUGUGCUUAAGCCAUGUUUGAUUUUAUUGGAUAAACUUAAUCCUGAGUUUGUUCAUGAGCUACUUCUUCAAAAUGGGUAUUCAUUUAAAAUGUUAUUUUAGAAUCCAAAUGCAUUAGUGUGGGAUAAUACUAGUGCUAAUGGUGACAGUAGUAAGAUGUUUCCUCAAAGGUCUGAGAGAAUCAAACUGGUGAUACUUCUGCUAACAUGGGUGGUUGGAAUUGGUACAUCACGUAGUUUGUUUGCGAACUUGUUUCUUCAUGAGAAGAUCCCCUGGACUAAUUUCAUGACUCACUUUCCGAAGUUAUCACAUCAAUAUAGUAUCUCCAGUCGUGGUGGUGAUUGAAUGUUGUGGGAUAGAGGAGUGAAUGAUUCUGGGAAAGAUAACAUGGUUGUAAUUAAUGCUGCAGUUGGAAUAGCUAGGGCAUUUGUAAAAAUACUCCUAAGAGGAAAUAAGUAUUGUAACAUAUUUAUUACUGGAAUCGCAAAACCGUCUAUCAACGAGAAGGCACCUGAACUUUUGGAUCAAAUGCAUCAUAUUAACAGAUGGGGUUUUAGUGGUGUUAAUUUUUUAGUCUUACAGCCGAGGGUGUUUGACCGUGUCAAGGAGUUUCAGUACAUGAGAUACUCUUGCUUUGCUAUGAAAUUUCUUUUAUCAAGAUACACUGGGUUGUGUAGUUGGUGAAUAGAUCGCACUAAGUGAUUCUAACAAGAUGUUUGUCGAAACUUUGUGGAAAAGUGAUAUAUCGAAGAUUCUUGUGAGUAUUUUAAGAGGUAAUAUUGGAUUUCUUUCACUAAAUAUUGUAGAUACAGUAUGUCAUUGGUUCUAUACAGGGAAGCCUGGUAGUAUUCUUCAUUGUGUAACAAUAUUUAGAGCAUCUAAGGUACUGGUUGGUAAAUUGUUCUCACAAGAGUGGCUAGAGGUGUUGACUUCAGAAGAUGGUCCCGUUAGACUCCAUCAUUAUUCUCUUAGGGUGAAUAUGUUCGUUGUGGGGAUUUAUUGUCAUAGUUGAGGAAGAUUUUCUUCUCGCGCAGUCCUUUUUGUAUACCUUCAGUGUACGAUAGCCACAACAGUCGACAAAAGUCCAGGAAAAAAACCUUGAUUUUUGGAUCGUCUAGUUCCAGCACUCUUACGGAUGUUUGGUAUUUUGUGUGGCUCAAGAGGGGUUGCAGAGGAGUGGAAAUUCAUGAAGAGAGAGUGGGAGUCGCAGAUACAUCCACGAAAAAUGAUGGGGUUAUUAUCGAUAGUUUAAGUGGUGUAAGCAGAUUCUAUGAGUGGUUCAUGCAAAUGCUUAUGAAAGUUAUUGGUUAUGGGAGUUGGAUUGCUUAUGCGGAUACAAGAAAUUCAAUCAGCUCAAUUAUUGCUAUUGGCCGUGUGGGAUGCCUCCGGAUUCAGUUGUGGCAGGUGAUGUUUUGGAUCUUACAGAAAUGCUCUACACAUAAUGUUAUUUUAACUUCUCGUUCAACUAAAUGUCACAUCGCUAUGGUCAGUAUACUCAAGUUUGGAGAGGUAAGGGUAAUUCGUGUCACUACCUUAUGCGACUUUCCUGUACAUUAAAGGCUAUAUACUUUUUAGAAGUUUUUGGCAUGAGAUAUUCAACACAGUCGCUACUUACCUGCAAGUCAGCACAAGUCAUCACUCAGCAUUGGCAACAGAGUGUUUCCUCCUCUUAUACUGUAGGAUGUUUAUAUUUCUAUGGUGAAAUCAUGAAAAUAAAUUUGAGAAGAUCUAUAGUGGAUGUUUGGGGCAAUUAUUCCACCUUAUUACCUACUAGUAUGCCAAACUAUUUAGAUAAAAACAAAGACACAGUAAGGUCUUCGCACCAAUUAUACUCAUGCGCUUAUGGAGUCCUUAUCCGAGAAGGAAACAUGAAGAUUUACUUUCAUGACUCAACUGAUAAUGGACAUCUAAUCCUUAUGUUUGAAUGCACUUCUUAUAUGGUCGGUAGCUGUUCUGCUGUAGUUAUUAUUUGUGAGUUAAGUGGGAACAAAGCUAUCAAGGCCCACCAAUCCGUGAAGAUGAAGAAAGUUCUGGGCUUGGGUGUUGAAGUCUAUAAAAUCCCAUCUCCUAUCGUGUUCAGAAGCUGCAACAAGAGUGUGAGUCGCUUCAACCGAUCUCAAUCCUUAAUUUCCAUCCUUGAGUACAAGGAUGAUUUGGAGGGUGGGUAUUUGUCAUGUCCCUGUUGGUGGCUACUAUCUUGUUAGAGGGUGCCUUAGUAUUAGUUAGUGAACGUGUGUGUCACACAUGUUUUAAAGUUGUGCCCUAUUUAGUGGAGUCUGUAAUUCCUCUUUCAAUUUAUUGAAAUAGAGAUUGUUGAGUUU